AUGAGUCUGAUGCCCCACCAGUACUCCUCUUGGAUCUUCGUCAAUGAGAGGACAUUCCUUACUGGGGAACAACUUAAUUCUUUAUUGAAGACCUAUAACAUUUUUUAUGCGAACCAGGAAAAUCUGCAUAUUUCAUAUGGACAGACUGACGAUGGUAAACUAAUUGUUGAAGGAAUGUUGGACAUUUUCUGGGGAGUGAAACGGCCUAUACAGCUGAAAAUACAAGAUGAAAAGCAAAUUCCUUCUUUUACUGUGAAGUCACCAGAUGCCUUUUCCAAAAUGGGAAUGACACGCUGGGGAGAAUUUGAUGAUCUUUAUCAUAUUAGUGAACUGGAUAGGAAUGAGAUUCCAGUGUCUGAAGCAAUGAAUUCCCAGGAAGAUUAUUUAUCUUAUCACAGCAGCACUAUGAAGCCUCGUGCUGAUGAAGAGCCAAAAUCUCCAUUGCUCUAUAGAACCAUGAGUGAAGCAACCCUGGUGAGAAAAAGGAUGAAGACUCCAAUGAUGGACAGAAAAGACAGACAGAAACAUAGAGCUUCUAUUAAUGGACACUUUUAUAACCAUGAAACAUCAAUUUUCACCCCAGCCUUUGAAUCAGAAACUAAGGUCAGAAUAAACAGUAACAUGAACACUGAAGAAGUAAUAAAGCAACUUCUUAAAAAAUUUAAGAUUGAAAACAGUGCGCAGGAUUUUGCACUUUACAUUAUUUUUGCAACAGGAGAAAGGAGACGGCUGAAAAAGACAGACAUCCCACUACUGCACAGGCUCCUGCAGGGACCCUCCAAAAAGAAUGCUCGCAUUUUCCUCAUGGAUAAAGAUACAGAAGAAAUUAGCAGUGAUGUGGCUCAGUACAUUAAUUUCCAUUUUUCUCUCCUGGAAUCCAUCCUUCAGAGAUUAAAUGAAGAAGAGAAAAGGGAGAUUCAAAGAAUAAAAACAAAAUUCAGUACUGAAAAGGCUAUUAUACUGAAAUGUCUGCGAAGUAAACAGGUAGUAAAAACAGAGACGACUGUUUAG